GGCAGGCUGUGGCCGGGAGUGCUGCUUGGUGCCCUUUCUCUGCCCUCGUCUUUUGCCAGUCCCACCUUUUGGGCUCAGGAUGCCGGAGGGCCCAGAGCUCUUUCUAGCCUCCAGAUAUAUCAACGCAGAGUGUGCAGGAAUUACGUUUACAGGGAAGGUAGAAAAAUCCGAAGUUAGCAAAAAUCCGGAGGUGCCUUUUGAGAGCGACGGAUACCUGAUCUCGGCUGUCUCCCGGGGCAAAGAACUGAAGCUCACUCUGACCCCGAUUAAGCGGGAGGGUUCGAAAGAGCCCCCUAUGGAUCUUGUGUUCCGUUUUGGCAUGUGUGGGAAUUUCAAACUGGUCCCAAUUUCCGACAUGCCCAAACAUGCUCACCUGCGUUUCUAUACUCAAGAAAAGCCACUCCGAGUUCUCUGCUACGUGGACGUCCGGCGUUUUGGCAAGUGGGAGGUGGAUGGCACCUGGCAACCGAACCGAGGGCCUUGCGUGAUGUUGGAGUAUGAACAAUUCAGAGAAAACAUCCUGAGGAAUCUGUCGGACAAGGCCUUUGAUAAGCCCAUCUGUGAGGCUCUGCUAAACCAGAAGUUUUUCAACGGAGUUGGCAACUACCUCCGGGCUGAAAUUCUUUACCAAUCAAAAAUCCCUCCCUUUGAGAAGGCACGGACCGUUCUGGAAGAUCUGCAGCGUGGACUGCAGGUUUCGGGUGCGACAACCCUCAGCAAGAAAGUGAAAUUGAAACGAGAGAACCCUGACUUGCUGGAGGUCUGUCACCUGUUGCCCAUGGAGGUCGUGAAUCUAGGAGGUGGCAAGGGAUAUGACCUCACCAACCGAGAACAUUUUGCCGUCUUUGAAGAGUGGCUUCACUGUUACUCCCUUCCGGGCAUGAAAUCCCUGCGUGAUGCUAACGGCAGGACCAUCUGGUUCCAGGGAGACCCUGGACCCCUGGCCCCAAAAGGGGGGAAAUCUCAGAAAAAGAAGACACAAGCAAAGUCUAAACCAGCUGUGCAGAGUUCAAAGGCCAGCAAGGGAACGAAGAACUCAAGCAGCAGCCCUGCUCAGAAAGAAGUUAAGGGAAGGAGGAAACUUAAACCAGAGGAUGGAGUUAUUCAAGAAAAGGAGGAUGGCAGUGUGGUGGGCAACAGAGCCAGGGGUCCCAAGACCAGAUCUCAGAAAUCGUCUUCCGAUUUGCAAGAAUCUUUGCCGCUAAGUUCACCACCUCCGGCACAGAAGAGGCGAACGCCUGCUCAGAAAAAACAGACUAAGGCACCAGCAAUCUCAAGAUCUAAACGGGUGAAGGCUUCCUAAAACCCUUCUCAGUGCGGAAGGAUAUUUGCAUAAGCUUCAGGUAGAUCUUCACGCUCCAGUGGAGGAGAUAAAUGCAGCUUUGGGACCCAAGAUUACCAACUGAAGGACCCUCAUGAGCUUCAGGCAGAGAACUUCAUGCUCCAGCCGAGGAGAUAAAUACAAGCUUUUCAUCCAAGAUUGCCAGCUGAGAACUCUCGUGAGACAAUGUUUUCUUGCCUCGUUGACCAACUUUUAAACUUAGCGUUGUGCAGAUUCCUUGGAUUAUUACUUACGCUGCUUUUAAGAUCCUGCACCUGGGGGGGGAAAAUGCCUUUGGUUUCACAUUGUUCUGGCAAGUGGAACUGAAAGGACUCCAGCAAUUUGAAUAGUUGCUACCUCUCAAACUUCUGAUUGUGGGAAGACUCUCCGAACAAAAGUUCUAGACAGCGAAUGAGUAAGGUUUAAUCUUCAACAAUUAAAUCAAAUGCUUUCCUUUUAUAACAAUGUGUGUAUGUUG